CGGGCUUACAUUACAAAUAAAUGUCAUAGAUCCUAUUGUGGAUUGAAGAAAAUAAAGUUUAAUUAAUUUAUGUCUUUGUACAGAAUAUUUAUUUAAAUCAGUAAAAAGGGAAUUAAAACAAAUCAUCAUGGCGAAAAUGGCUUUUCAGCAUCAAGCCGGUACGGCUAUGGAAUGUCUUAGUAUUCCGAUAACACUUCAAAAAGAGGCUGGUAUAGACCCAGAUGGUCGUGAAGUAAUGAAGUGUGGUUUCAAAAUUGGAGGUGGUAUUGAUCAAGAUUACCGUAAAAGCCCUCAGGGGUAUACUGACAAUGGUAUAUAUGUUACCGAAGUACAUGAAGGCAGUCCAGCUGCGAAAUCUGGUUUAAGAAUGCAUGAUAAAAUUCUUCAGUGUAAUGGAUAUGACUUUACCAUGGUAACACAUAAAAAAGCUGUCAGUUAUAUCAAAAAACAUCCAGUGUUAAAUUUGCUUGUUGCAAGAAAAGGGGUUACAUCAACAUGAGCAAAUUUUGUAUCGGUAACAGUCACUGCUUAUGAUCCAUCUGCGUUUUAGAAUUAAUCGUACCAAAAUCAAAUCAUCACUGUUACUAUCUUUGCUGUUAAGUAAAAAAUAAUUCAAAAUUGUAUUUGACGAACACUGUUUUGUUGCUCAUACAUGAUGGUGAAUGAAGUAAUUUUUCUGCUAAAUCCGAUGAAAUGUUGACCUAUUUAAAAGUCAUGAUAACAAUUAGAAGUAUUUAUUGCAUUUAUCAAUUAUUUUAAUAUCUGUAGUAAGUAAAUCAUGUACAGAAUUUAAAAUAAUAUUAAUAGGGAAAACAUGACAGUACUCUAUAGUUAAGUUUAUGAGGAAAAUAAGAAAAAAUGCUAUCUGUCAUUAGAUUUGUGAGUUAAUAUGUUGUGUUGUGUUUAAGUGUUGGAAACUUAUUGUACGAUGGUUUCCCCAACUCGCUUCUUAAUUCGAUUGAGGUCAAAAAUUAAGUAAAUUCCUAAACUGACAUAGAAUAUAUUAUAGCAUCAUACUUGUGUCUAAAACUCUGCCCGAGUCAGUAUAUUAUCUGUGUGCUGUCUAUAGGGAAUUUUCAAAGAUAUUUCUUUCUGCAGUUUGGUUAAAAGAUUUGCAAAGUAAUGGAUAAUUUCAUCUGAAAAUUUGAGCAGAAGAAGAUACCUUGUUCAUCCACUCUGUAUAUCACAGGACUAUAUUAGAUUCCAGAUUAUUGCCCCGAUUUUCCUGCGGCUAAAAGAUGCUUUGGAACUAAAUUCUAUCACCUGUAGGCCUGACAAAUUACCAUUAAAAUUGUACAUAAUUAUAGAUACCACUUUAGACACCCAUUUCAUUCAUUCCUCAAUUCUCAGUGGUGCUUGGCAAACAUUACAACAAUUUUCACUUAAAGCAGCAGCUAAGAACAGGGAUCUAGAUUCUAGCUCAAGUCGAAGCACACUUAAUUUUUUUAGCUAUCCGUUUACCUCGGAUCUUUCCCUGAUGGUGAGUUUUAGCAGCUCGUUCUAAUCGCGACACAUGAUAUUCUUAAAGCUUUCUUAUCUUAACUUAUGUCACUGUGAGCACUUCAAUCUCCUUCGACAUAAACCCCACAAACACCCGUUCUUUAUCCUAUGUCUACAUGCAAUCCUCAGCAUUCUGUAACAAAUUUGGAAGGCCUUUGCAUCUCCUUUGUCAGGGGUCGGCAAGUAGUUUGAGGUGGGGUCUGAACACUGUGGGAAAAUUUUAACGAGGUCCAGAAAAAACAACUGAUAAUAAUUAAGUGCUACCUAUUUAUUGUAUGGUCUUAAAUAAAAUUUUGAAUUAUGAAAUACAAGGCCUAAAAUUAAUGUGAGAAACUGCACCGACGGUCUUAAGCCAGUUUUUUAUAGUUUAGUAUUAAUUUGUACCUGAUAUACAAUAUAUUACAAUAUUUUUCGGUCCGAGGUUGUAUCUAUCGCGGUCCGCUUGUUGGUGGCCCUUGGUCUAUGCAUUAACUCUGUGCAACAGGACAGUCAAAUCAAAUCAAAUCAAAACAAAAUCAGUUUAUUCACGUAGGUCACGGAAAUGACACUUAUGAAUGUCAAAAAAUAUAUUUUUCUUAUUGAAUCUACCGCUACUUCGUAAAGGGUUGAGCUAAUAAGAAGUAGCAAGAAACUCAUUGCCACUCUUUUAUAUCAAGAUUUACAUUUAAGUACAUCGAUUUACAAAUCAUUUCAAAUUACAAUAUAAUAUCUAAAAUGUAAAAUGAUGAGUCAAUAUUGACCACACUGAUUGCUUACAAUUUCCUCAAGUCUUUCUGCUGUACCUAUCUGAAAAGAUGAAACCAUAGGCAUAUCAAAUGUAAUUGUUUUUUUUUCUGUUGAUGAUAAUUCCUUCACUUCUUUUAGAAGAGGUGUAAUAAAAGGCAGCCUUGCCGAUAUAUGGUAAAAUCUGCACAUCUUUUGUCCAUUAGGCCUCAACGCAUACUUUAGUAACACAUUGCAAAUAUAGAUUUUGUACGACUGUGAUUUGAGUCCAAGCAAAGCUUAUUCUUUUAGAAAGUUGAACGAGUAUUUCAUGUUUCACUCUGUCAAAAUUUGUGAAUUAAAGCAUACACAGGAAGAUUCGUGUAUCAACAAUAUUGUAUGAGUACCUGGAAAACUAAAUAACCAUUGCAUGUUCCAAGACACUAUACAUUUUGUAAUGGGUAAUUUUUAGACAGAUUUUCAGCACAGAAUAUUGUUCUGUAGUGGCUACAUCUUGUGAAGCCAGCUGUUAAAAGGAGAAAAUAAAUACACAUAUAAAUCCUUCUUGGAGACAAUUUGUAAAAGAUAUUUGUGACAAUAAUAGUAUUUUUCUUGGCAGUACCGGAUAAGUCUUUCCCCAUAGUAGUCCCCGUAGUUUCUUUAAUUCAACAUUCCAGCUAUAGAACUGGUUUCCCAGAUCGUGGUUUUUCUUCGUACCAAUCAUGGUUUUCUUUACUUAAACAUUUCUGUACUUAUGGAAGGCAUAGUGACACACCACUUUAGUAAAUAGUUAAUAUUCUGAAUAUUCAUUAUUUUUAUGUCAAUCAUUAUUAUAAUGUUAAUAUUAAAUAACAAUAUUGGUGAACAGUAUUCCAGCUUUUUUAAAUACUGUAAUUAGGUUUAGGAAGUAAGGUAUUAAGAAAACUUAAAUCAAAUAUUUACUAAAUACCACAUCAAUAGAAGGCAACAAUACCUAUGGUGUGAUUCAACUUAGUCUUUUUAUAAUUAAGUAUUUAAGAAGAGGUGAUUUUAUAAAGUUAUUUAUUGUUUAGUGUUUUUGUAAGAUGUAUAUUAUGAUAUUAUUUAAAAUUAUACUUAUAAGUUAAGUUUGUGUUGGUAACAUUCUUUAAGUGUAAUAUUAUAGUUACCAUUUUGUCAUACUAUACUUUAAUUAGGUGUUAAGUUAAAUAAGAUCCCCAUAAAAUAUUAUACGUAGUAAGAAACAUCCUAACUAUAAUGUCAUCCAAUUUACCAUUGAAGUAGACAUCGGAGUUUCAAAACUGCAGAGUUGAACAAACUUAAGAUUUAUGGACCAUGUACCGUAGGGUUACCAUCUCUUUGUCGGUCAAAAAUAGCAGUUCUAAAAUAAUGACCCUGAAAACAUAGAUUAUGUAUAGUAAGUUCAUUUAUAUAUUAUUUUCAUUUCAUUCAUUAUGUAUGAAUACAUGAAAAAUCAUUAGAUUCCAAAAUCGGUACAUUAUGUCUUGAAACAAUAUUUUUUGCCACUUUUUUAUAAUUAUUCAUUUAUAAAGAAUGCCUCAUAGCUACUUACUUUUGAUGCCUUUGAAAUAUAUUCGUUUCACCUGCUAUAUAUUUUUUUCAGAAAUAUAGUAAUCGGGCCCCUAAUUCAGUAGGAUACUUUAUUAAAUAGUAGAGUUGGCAGCACUAACCAUGCAUCAUUGGACUGUUGGCUUUUGGGGUGGUUUACCCAUUGGGGUAAGAGUGCUUAACUCCAAGGGCACAAAUUUUCAAGAUUUAAAUCUUGCAUCAUUCAUAAACUUUGGUACAAAUGAAAAUUGUAUAUAUUUUAGAGAAAUUAUCAAUAAAAAAAUCACACUAGUCUUAAAAAUUGUCAAAACUAAAAACUGUUUAAAAUUGUUCUAACUGUAAUUUAAAACAGUCAGCAGAUAGUAACAUAUUGUGUUUGUAUUUACAAGAUGUGUAUGCUAUUUUAGACGAAAAUGUGUUCACACAGAUUUUUUUUAAUUUUUUGGGUGUAAUAGUGAUAGUAUAACAAUUAAGUUUAGAUUUGAAAGAGCGACAUUUUAAGUCAAUUACCUAAUACGCAAAUAUUGGGAUUGAGCAGAGAUAGAGAGUUGAAAAACACAUACAAGAUUUAUCAACAAUACGUAACUCGAACGGUUGGCUUAGUUGGAAGAGCUCUCGCACCUAACGCGAGGGUUCGCGGGUCUGCGAGUCCCACAUCAUUCAUAAAUUUUGUUUUCAAAUUUUAUUUGUGUAAUAGUGACUUUAGUCAUCAAAUUAACUAAACAAUGGGAUUUUAUGUACAUACAAUGAAGUUACAUAUUGUGUAGAAUAUACUGUUAUGAAAUGUUUUAAAAUAUUUAUAUAUUUAUAAUAUUUUGUAGUAUGUUGUGUAGUAUUCCUUUAUAAAAUGUUGAGGUGUGAUGUGCCAAAUUGAAACCUCUGUAUAAUUUUGCAUUUACAUUUUUUUUAAAUUAAGUGAUGAUGGAAACUGAAUUUGUACCACAGAUGUUACAUACAUUACAAGUACCCACAAUUAUAUAAAAUGAUUUAAUAUCUGUGGAAGUAUCCACACAGAUACAAGUUUAUUUCAUUCAUGGGGAUACAUUUUGGAAUACCUAUGGGAAGAGUGAAUUUAUUUUUAGCAUAUGACUGCUUUACUACACAUAUGUGGUGAUAUGUAAAGUUAUCGUUUUACUUAGAUUGUACUAAUUUUGAGAUAAAAUAUAGCAGUAUUUGGACUUAUUAUUUAAUUGCUAAGAAAAUAAAUAAUGUGAAUAAUAUAUUAAGAUGCAUUAAAAUUUGGCAAAUGUAUUUGGUUGACACAUACAUAGGGAUAAGAUGUUUUCACUUUAUACAUUGAAUAUGAAAUAGCUAUCAAUUGAGACUAAUUUUUACAAUUUCAUAAUUAAUAAAAAGAUACAAGGAUA